UCGCUCAUGGCGCAAUCCGCUCGCACCAGCUAUUUAGGAGCGACUUGUGGGGCGCUCCUCAUCUACUCGCCGCUCCGUUGACAGGCUCACUUCUAAACGCUGCCUUAAAGAGAGGCAACGUAUCGGUAACCGCUAAGUGGGAACUUCACCGGGAUACUUCACUGACAGGUCACACGUUUACUCGCCGGUCAUUAGACUUUCCGUUGAUUUAUCUUACAUUUCUCGCUGAAGCGUCCGUUCAAUAGAUCUAGAAUAGAAAUACAACUGUCUUGGACUCUGGCUCGGGGGUGGUGUAGGCUCGUGGAGUUAACAGGUAGGCGAGAUAAACGUGUGUUCACGUUCUUUGCCAGCAAGGGAAGAGCGAGGCGGAUUGUUCUUGAAAUCCACAGACUGGCAGCGAGAAAGGAAGAGUAGAUGCUGCACGUGCAGUAGCUAAUGGGGAUCCUAAUAAACUAAUAUAAACAGGAAGCCUACAUUCUCACCAACAUCCAUUUCCAGGUCGUAUUCCCUCCGCGCAUCUGAUUGACUUUGAUAGACGUUUGAUUGGUUGAUGUAAUGCCCAUAUACAUCAUCGAUCGAAAAUUGACAGAGAUACCUGAGUAACAGACAACAAUCAUAAAUAAAGCCUGUGUGUGGAGCCUUAAACCCAUCUGGAGCCCCCACGCGUCACACACCAACAGAGAAUACCCAUUGACCCUCAUCCCUCCAUAUUUCUCUAUCUGUGUCUGUGGAUCUCCUGUCUGUCUGUGUAUUAUCAGCCUAUGGAAUGCAUUUCUUCCAGGUGAGUCGUUACAGCCAGCAGCUGAAGGAGUGUUGAGCAUGGUGGAGACCGUCCCCCCUAAAUCGGCUAAGAAGCCCCGCUGGACCUCUCUGGAGAUCGGCCUGCUCACCAUCGUCUCCCUCCUCUUCAUCGUCAUAUUGGCCCUCAUUGUCCUUUUCGCCACAAAGAAGACUGACAGUGAUGGUGUCUGCACCACGGCGGACUGCACUCAGUCAGCAUCUCGUCUGAUAGAGAACAUGGAUGCCAAUGUGGACCCAUGUGACAACUUCUACCAGUACGCCUGUGGAGGCUGGUUGAAGAAGAACAUCAUCCCAGAGACCAGCUCCCGAUACAGCACCUUUGACAUCCUACGAGACGAACUGGAGGUGGUCCUGAAAGAUGUUUUGGAGAAAAGCGUGGAGGGAGAGGCCAGUGCCCUCACUAAAGCCAAGACCCUCUACAGAUCCUGCACCAAUGAGAGUCAGAUUGAGAAAAGGGGGGGAGCUCCUUUACUAGACAUGCUCCCUAAUGUAUUUGAGUGGCCAAUAGCAACAGACGACUGGGAGAGUGUCUAUGGUAACACAUGGAAGUUGGAGGAUGCCAUUGCCAUACUAAAUGAAAAAUAUGGAACUCAUGUCUUGGUUAAUUUUUUUAUCGGCACUGAUGACAAAGACUCCAAUUCACACAUCAUUCAUUUUGACCAGCAAACCAGCCUUGGCCUCUUAUCCAGAGAUCACUAUAGCUGUACUGGGUCCUAUGCAGAGCCAUGUAGAGCAUACAAACAGUUCAUGAUAGACGUGGCCAAGCUGAUGCGCACCGACCGCAGUCUGGUGGUCAACGAGACCCAGAUCGGAGAGGAGGUCACCAGGGUCAUUGAGCUGGAGAAGGACAUCGCCAAUGCCACUGACACUCCAGAGGACCGUAACAACCCAGUUCUCCUCUACAACAACAUGGAGCUGGGUGUUCUCAAUGCUAACUUCAGCCUGGAGGUCGACACACAAGUGUUUGACUGGAGUUACUUCACCAGGAAGAUCAUGGGGACGGUCGGCAUCACUGUGCCUGACACAGAGAAUGUCAUCAACUACGCACCUAACUACUACAGACGACUCAAACCUGUCCUGGCCAAGUACACUAAGAGAGACCUGCAGAAUUACAUGGUCUGGCGUUUUGUCAUGAACAUGGUGGUGGGUCUGAGCAGGCAGUACAGGGACACCAGGAAAGCCUUCCGCAAGGCGCUGUACGGUACCACGUCGGAGGCGGCGGUGUGGCGGCAGUGUGCCAUCUACGUCAACAACAAUAUGGACAACGCUGUAGGAAGACUGUACGUAGAGGAGGCCUUCUCUGGGGAGAGCAAAGAACUGAUGGAAGAGAUGAUCUCUGUGAUCCGGGAGGUUUUCAUCAGUAACUUAGACCACCUAAGAUGGAUGGAUGUAGAGACCAAGAAGGCUGCUGAGGAGAAGGCACAAGCUAUCCGGGAGCGGAUUGGCUACUCCAACAACAUCAAGAAUGACACCUACCUGAACAACGAGUAUAAAAAUUUGAGCUACAGUGCAGAGGAGUACUUUGAGAACAUCCUUCAGAACCUGGAGUACGUACAGAAGAAACGUCUGAGGAAGCUACGGGUCAAAGUCAACAAAGAAGAAUGGGUAACGGGAGCAGCCAUUGUCAACGCUUUCUACUCUUCAAGCAAAAACCAAAUAGUGUUUCCAGCAGGCAUCCUACAGCCUCCGUUCUUCGGUAAAGGCCAGACCAAGUCUCUGAAUUUUGGCGGUAUCGGCAUGGUGAUCGGACAUGAGAUCACUCACGGGUUCGAUGACAACGGUCGUAACUAUGAUAAAGAUGGUGACCUGAAGGACUGGUGGACGCCAAGCUCCACCCAGAACUUUGUGAAUCUGUCCAAGUGCAUGGUGGACCAGUAUGGAAGCUUCUCCUGGGACCUGGCCAACGGACUGAAUCAGCUCAAUGGGAAUAACACUCUGGGAGAGAACAUUGCAGACAACGGCGGGAUUCGCCAGUCGUACCAGGCCUACCUGAACUAUGUGGAGAAGAAUGGGAAUGAGCCUCUCCUGCCUGGAAUAAACCUCAACCAUCAACAACUCUUCUUUCUCAACUUCGCUCAGGUGUGGUGUGGAACACAUCGACCACAACAAGCUGUCAACUCCAUCAAAGUAGAUGUACACAGUCCAGGGAAGUUCAGGGUCCUGGGGUCCCUCCAGAACUUCCCAGAGUUUGCCAAGGCCUUCAACUGUCCCAAGAACAGCUACAUGGUGCCUGACAAUAUCUGCCGAGUCUGGUGAUACUGUAGUCUUGACACUAGCCUGCCCGGAGGCUGGUAGGGGGUGAGAGGUGGGCUUGUGUCCUCUUCCCCUUCCUAACCUCCUCACCACCUCACCUUUCCCCCUGACUGUUAGAGCACUAGUCUAGAACAGGGGUAUGUUCUAUGUUCCCUGCAGGGUGGACCAGGACUGCUACACUGACUGUACAGAACAAACAGAUUCAAUGGACUACAGUGCUGUUCAUAGCCAGCUCCCAGACUCUUCACCAGAUCAGCCAGGUCACUGCUUUCCACGGGAUACAGUCACGUCAAUUCACAAUCUUUUUUGUUGUUGUUGUGUGUUUGAAAAUGUACUUUUCAAAUGUACUUUUUUUUCCCCCGCUGCAUUUCAAUCAUGAUUAUUUUAUUUGUAUACAAAAUGUGAGACUAAUUUGAGCAUCUUGAACCACAGACAAAUAUCCACUUAUUCUAAACUGUAGCUCUGUUUGUCCAAAAUUCAAUUUGUUUUACACGGAGGUGGGUCUCAAUAUAAACAAAUGUAUACUGUAUAUCAAUACAUUCUAGAUGAAUAUAUGUUGACAGUAAUCAAUAGUCACACUUGGGGGGGAUUCUAUUUUAUUGUACAUUUAAGAAAAUCACAUUUUUACUGAAUAUACACUAAUGAGUAUAAUAAGAAUUUCACAAAUGUUUUUCUGUAUAUGUUAAAUGUUUCUAAAUGGAUGCCAACUAUUUAUGUCUACAAGCAUUGCACCAAAAAUGUAAGUUGUUCCCUUGGAAUCAGUUGGGCGAUUUAGCUAAUCAGGAAUUGACAUAAAUCAAACAUAUUGCUAUUUUUAUUUUACAGCAAUAAUGUGACCUUGAUUCAAACUGCUCUGUCCAGCAGAGGAGGCUGGUGGGAGGAGCUAUAGAAGGACAGUCUCAUUAAAGGCUGGAAUGGAAUCUAUGGAAUGGUACCAAACACAUGGAAACAACGCGUUUCACUCUGUUUCUUUAUUUAUUCCAUUCCAACCGUUACAAUGAGCCCGUCCUCUUAGUUCCUCCCACCAGCCUCCUCUGGUGUUCAGUAUGUGUGUGUGUGUUGUGUUUUUAUCUGGAUGUAACCACUACAUUUUUCAACAAACUGAUGCAGCCCUGCAUGAUCCAUGGUGCUACUGCUGUUUUGUGUGUGUGUGUGUGUGUGGGGGGGGCAGAGGAAGUCAGGUUUAUAGCUGGACCCCCCCCCCCCCCCACACACACACACACACACUGUUUACGCCAAAGAUUUCCAAUUUCAAAUCCCUAUAUGAGCCUGUGCGGUUUCCAGCAAUCUGAAAUAUUUUUCUGACUUAAAAAUGUGCCACAUAACCUUUUCUUUCUCCCUCUCUUUAUUUUUUAUUUUUUCACACACAGCAAACAAAACAUGUUGUCCUUGUUGAUUUUCAUCAUUAGCAUGGUGUCUUUAAGGUACAGAUUUACUAAUUGUUAAGUUUUUGUCUCUAUUCCUUUCUGGGAAAAGCAGAUGAAAUAUUUGCACCUGUUAAGGUGUUUGGUAAAUCCUGGUUUGAAACACACUGUAUCCUUACAUUUUCUUUAAGGGGAAAUGAGGUCCAGUCCACAAUGUGUCAUGGGACUCAAAACAUACAUUUCUCAAAAAUGCCACCCGUUUAUGUUGCCAUGUCCACUCGCACAGCUUUCUGUGUAUAUGUUCUCCCUCCUACACAUAUACACACAGCCAUCUCACCUGUAGAAGGACAGACGGAUAUACCUCAGUUGCCUGUAUUUACAUAUUUUGUAAUAAAAAAAAAAUCACGAUGACAAUAA